UGAGAAAUUAACUAGGGCCCUCUACUGGCAAACAAACUCAACGAAACGAGCAUCGAAAUCCGAAACAAAGAAUGGAUCGGUACCAGAGAGUGGAGAAGCCGAAAGCCGAAACACCGAUUAACGAGAAUGAGAUUCGCAUUACAACGCAAGGACGGAUGAGGAACUACAUUACUUACGCCACCACUCUCCUUCAGGAGAAAGGAUCUGAUGAAAUUGCUCUUAAAGCCAUGGGGAGAGCCAUAAACAAGACUGUGAUGAUUGCUGAAUUGAUUAAGAGAAGGAUUGUGGGUCUGCAUCAGAACACCGCCAUUGGUUCUACGGAUAUAACGGAUAUGUGGGAGCCACUAGAAGAGGGUCUUCUUCCCCUGGAAACUACUCGCCAUGUAUCAGUGGUAACAAUUACUUUGUCCAAGAAGGAGCUGGAUACAUCCUCUACCGGGUAUCAACUGCCUAUUCCAGCAGAGCAGGUCAAACCAUGGGUUGAACAUGAUGAUGAUGGAGAGGGCUCUCCAAACAUGGCGGGUAAAGGACGUGGCGGUCAAGGAAGGGGUAGAGUUAAUAAUAGUAAUGGAGUAUUGGAAUCCAAUGGAGAUGGUGGCUGGGAUGGUGGCCGGUAUGCUGGAAGGGGUAGAGGUCGUGGAAGAAGCCGCAAUUUCCGUGGCCGUGGAAGAGGUUAUGGUGGUGGGAAUAUGCGACAAGGAUCAGGUGGUUAUUAUAAUGACUAUGGGGGAGGUUUCGCUCCUGCUCAAGGCCGUGGGCGAGGGCGUGGACGAGGCAGGGCCAGAGGCCGUGGACGUGGUCAGGGUUUCAGAUCUGAUGGGCCAAUCCCAGCAGCUGCUUGAGUUCCGGACUUUGAGGUAUAGAUUUCGGUCUAGGUUGCAGAAAGUUGUGGAUGCCUGCUCUGCUGAUUGUCUUAUUUUUCUAGGAGGGACAAAAGGUAAAGAAAAAAAAAUGGCUUCUGCUAGUGAGUUUUUAGGAUAAUUAGUAACCAGUAAGCUAUCUCAUUGUAUGUGGUAGCGGUGUUUUUGUAGUUUGAAGAUAGGGAUAAGUUUUACUUGUGUUGCUGACAAAGAAACUUGAAAGUUGUACACUUUUCCAUUUAGGAAAUAAUAGAGCAGUACAUUCUUUUAUUUUUAUUCCAA